AUGGAAGGUAUAUCAGAGUCUAUUUCAAAGUUAGUGUGGACGUUCGGGAAGGGAAGGUCAGACAAAACAAAACAAUUUUCAUCAGUUCUUCCUGAGGGAUUAUGCCGUCGAUUUUCACUCGGUGAGAUCAAGAAAGCUACCAAUGACUUCGCUGACGAUUUAGUAAUUGGUGAGGGGAGUUUUGGCAAAGUCUAUAAGGGUUUUAUUGAUGACCGUGGCAUAAGCGUUGCAAUAAAGCGUUUGGAUAUCGACUCAGUUCGCGAGUUAACGAAGGAGGUGGUGUUGCUUUGCCAGCUACGCCACCCUAACCUCAUCCCUUUCAUCGGAUAUUGCAUUGAUGAAGGCGAAGGGUACCUUGUCUACGAAUUCAUGGUCAAUGAAAGCCUGGGCCAACACAUCUACGGCACUGACCACGAUCCCCUCCCUUGGAAACAAAGACUAGCGAUUUGUAUCGGAGUCGCGCGUGGACUGCACUAUCUUCACACUGGGCUAAAGCGUACUAUUAUCCUCCGUGAAGUGAAGACGAGCGUUAUUCUGUUGGACCAGAAAUUGGAAGCCAAGUUGGGAGAUUUCCGGUUGUUCAAAAUGGGUCCCCCGAGUUUGUCAAAGGCUUUAAUUAGGAUCGAAUCUCAUGUGAGGGGUACUUACGGAUACGCUGAUCCCGAGUAUAUCCAGCACGGGGUGCUGACCGAUAAAUCCGACGUCUACUCUUUCGGUGUAGUACUGUUUGAGGUACUCUGUGGCAGAAUUGUAUUGAAUAAGAGAUUAGAAGUGGAAGAACAGCAACUGAUUAGCUGGGCUGGCAAAUGUAAACGAGAAGGAACCAUCAAUGAGAUAAUUGAUCCGUAUCUGAUGGGGAAGAUAGCUCCAGAGUGUUUCAAGAUUUACGUUGACAUUGCGAGUUCUUGCGUGCGAAAAAAGGCAAAGGAUCGUCCCACAAUUGGUGAAGUGGAGGUAGAAAUUGAACAUGCACUGCAGUUGCAAGAGAGCGCAGAUGCUGCAAGGAAGGAUGGUGAAUAUGACUAUCCCAUUGAUGGAUUAACCUGUAAUGAUUUUCCGGGAGAAUCUUCUCCGAUUGAGAUGAACAGAUAUGGCAGAAGUGCUUCAGAUAGCACCGAAUUGUCCGAGGAUGAAUAA